AUGGACCCGCACGCCGACCGAGGGCCUCGCCACGAGCCAGACCACGAGCAACCCUUCGCGGAUGACGCCGACCUCCUCUCCUCCCUCUCUGGUGGCGCACUCCUCUCCCCCUCAGCAGCGUACCGCGCCCUCAGGCAGAGUCCUCUAUUCGGAGCGCAUCUCCAAUCCCUCCUCCCGAGGAUCGGGGACGUCUACACCGCCCUCAAGACCGACGGCGAGGGGGAGCACAACACCCUAGUCGCUGACCUCCUUCUCCGCUCUCCAUCUCCAGCCGCCCUCCGAUCAAUUCUGUUGGUCGAAGUGGCCCACUUCCCCAAACAUCCGGGGGAUGUACUGAGGCAAGGUCUCCUCGUCCAGGCUUAUCGGGCGAUCAUACCCUCUCUCCGCCGCCGCACCCUCGCCCCAUUAACAUCGGCGUCUCUAGCCGUAAUCGCGCGCGCGGUCAUGGCAGCAGGACACGCUCACGUCGACAUCCUCGACCACGUAUAUUACCAGCUCGCACAUGCCGCUUCUUGGACAAGAGACGACGGGUGGCCAGCCCUCACCAUCCUCCUCCACCUCUCCAAACACGGACGCGCCGAACACGCCCUGAAACUCCUCGACUACCCCGUCUCACUAGGCAAGCUCCCAGCCGCAAUGGGCCGCACUUCCGCCUCCCAUGCCGAGCCUGCCACUCUGUUGGCUCAGAGUGCCGUCAUCCGCUGCGCCCUCUACUGGGGCCUGGACUCGCGCGCCUAUUCCGCCGUAAAUGACCUGGUAACCACCAUGUCGCGUACAGCCGUCUCCGGCCCGGCCCUAGAACUGGUCCUCACAGCCACCCGCGGUGCAUCGCUCCGCAGGCGUCCCCAAGACGUCGCGUGGGCCGGCCGUACGCUCCUAGCCCUUGCGGCCGACGAAGCCUUCCCGCCUCUCCCAACCAUCGACUGGUACUAUGACGCGCUCUCCCCCACAGCAGCGCUGCAAUUCUACACCUCUCUCCCUGAGAACCGCGCAGCCCCACCCUCCCCCCGCCAGAUCCUACGCAUGUCCCUCUCGCGUCCCGAGAAAGCCUCUCUUCGCCGCCUAGCAGGCGACCUAGCGCGCGCACAACACGCAGCUCCAAUCGUGCCUGGAAUGCUCAAGGCGCUCGCGGCUGCGCGCUUGCUCCGUCCUGCCGAGGGGAUCUAUGUAGCCUGGAACAAACGAAAUACUCUCGACGGUGCGACCACGUUGGCAAUGGUGCACGCACUCACGCGCGGCGCGCGUACAGCAAAAAACUCGGCGCUGGCCCGCAAAAUCCUGAAGGACUACCUAACCUCUCCGGCGCUCGACAAGGAAUCCGUCGCGCUACACGCCCAUGCCCUCCUCGGUGCCCCUCUUGAAGGAGAGCAGGACGAACUCACGGAUCUGGUCACAAACCUGGUCAUGUCUCGCGGUGUCGAGGCCGCACAGGGCCGAAUCGACGACCUCGCCCGCUCACAUCCCUCCCUCGCGCACCGCCUCGCCCAGAUUGCGCGGGAUCAUGCCCUCGCACCUCCGCGCCAAGCAGUCGUUAUGGCGGCCAGUUGCGCGGCCGGACACUGGGGUGCCCUCGCCGCUGCAGGAGGGGCCAAGGAUGCUGGCAUCGAGGACGGUAAAGUGGGCGUUGGGCCCAAGAUUGCCGGCACAUUAGUGGAGGAGGGUUGUAUCACGGCCCUCAAGAAGGCUCGGCAGGGACGUAUGGCGGUCGCUGUGCGGCGAUUCACCGAGGCGUCAGAGAGGGACGCGCGCGUUCGGGGGAUCGACUUCAUGGAGAGCGAAAGACAGGUCGACCGACGUGGGCGCGAAGAUCUGGUCGGACGCCGCAUCCACAGCUUGGCGGAUCCCGUCAUCCCGCCCACUGCUGCUGCUUUGUUGCGCCGCUGUGCUGGACUGCAGCGGUGGGAGGAGGGAUUCGCUGUCCUGUCCGCCGCACUGAGGGUUACGGGCGAGGAAGGUGUCGUGGAAGCCGCGGGCGUGUUCAUCUCCGCCGUGUCCAAGGCAGACGCGGGCGACGUGUUCAUCAACCACGUUGGCAAGUUGGGCCCGCUGCUUGAGGGCCUCGAGCCUUCCAGCCAGGUCCUCCUCGAGACGAUGCUCGACAGCGCCGCGCGUCGACUUGGCCAGCAGAUUGAGGGGAUGAUGACUGAGGAGGCAUAG